AUGGCCGACAAGAAGAAGGCUCAUGAUGAUACAUGGUCACAUCAACGAGUCCACACAAACUUCCCACAGAAAGCCGUCCGCGUCAUCGGACAAACGAACUCGUAUGUGGCAUUGUGGUACCAUCACGGAAAACCUGUAAUGGGAAAAGCCUGGAACGAUAGUGGUGUUGUGCAGUGUGCCUUUGCGGCGGACCGCAAGGCAUUCAUCGGAAUGGAAGUGGGCGGUGGAACCAUCCAACUUCUCACCUACAAGGGAACUCAUGUCCAAAAUCAAUUUUACUACGAUUGGAUCACGUUGUCUACAUGGAAGAUAACACAGUUCGCCACGGGCUGUCCCAUUUUGCGGCCGUCAAUUGCGUGA